AACUACUCGAAUAACACACCGAAGCAGCGCUAGCCUUAUCCGGGAAUAUUUCGUCACAUUUGUUUUUUGAAUCAGACUUGGGUGCGUUUAUGUUGCCCUCGGUCGCUGUCCUGUCAUAGCUGGACUUAAAGUAAGCAGCUGUUGUCUUGUUAGCUCACAAUCGAGGCAAACACGAGCCGAGUAUUGCAGUUGGUAACUCAUCAUACCAUCAUGAUUCGACCGAGGAUGCAGUGAGCCGUCCAGAUGCUCAAAGUGUUCCGCUGUCCCACACCCAGGUCUCUCAUCUCCAAAAAAGGGACAUGGCCCCGCUCCUUCUGCUCCACAAAGCCUCACCCAUUUCAAUGCGAGGACACUGGAGAAACCCGUCUGAACCCCCUUAACAUCCAGAUGCUGUCAAGAAAUCUACAUGAGCAGAUCUUUCGAGGGCUGGUGCCCGAGUACAGAGAAGAAGAUGUGGAACGUAGUGUAAGGCACUUGCAGAAGCAUCAGCUGUGGGGGAAAGAAACGGCACUGUUACAAGAAGUGGAGCUGAAGCUUCCCAAAAUGUACGGGGACAAUAUUGACGAGCACUUCCGUGUUUUAGCUCAGAAGCAAAGUCUUCCCUACCUGGAAGCUGCGGCCGUGCUGCAGCAAGCAGAGCUCCCUCCCUUACCCCAGGAGUGGACAUGGCAGGUUGGCUGGACACGUUAUGGGUCCAGCGGGGAGAGCCACAGGGUUGACUUCCCAGAUGAAACAGCGCUUGUGUUUGAUGUAGAGGUGUGCAUGGCAGAGGGCCACUGUCCAACAUUGGCUGUUGCUUUGUCUCCAACACACUGGUACUCUUGGUGCAGCAAACGUCUGAUUGAAGAGCGCUACUCCUGGUCAGACCAGCUCAUCCUCGCUGACCUAAUCCCUCUGGAGACACCAAUGAAUUCUGUUCGUCCACCAGGCGGUCAGUGGAAGGAACGUCUCAUUGUGGGCCACAAUGUCAGUUUUGACCGAUCUCACAUUAAGGAGCAAUACUUAAUGAAGGCAUCUAAGGUGCGCUUCCUGGACACGAUGAGUCUUCAUAUGGCUAUCUCGGGCCUUACUGGCUUCCAGCGCACACUAUGGAUGGCCAAUAAGCAGGGCAAGAAGGUGGGCCUCCAGGAGGUCAGCCAGCGCAUGAAGAAAGUGGGACAGAAAAGAGACGGUCCCAAGAUCGGAUUUUGGGACUGGGUGAAUAUUAGCAGCAUCAACAACUUAGCCGAUGUCCAUGCUCUAUAUGUGGGAGGGCCGCCAUUACAAAAAGAGAUCAGGGAGACCUUUAUCAAUGGCUCCAUGAUGGAUGUCAGGAAGCACUUCCAGGAGUUAAUGCGCUACUGCGCCUCAGAUGUUCAGGCCACCCAUCAAAUAUUUGUUGAACAACUGCCCCUCUUCAUGGAGAGAUGUCCUCAUCCAGUGACAUUUGCCGGAAUGCUUGAGAUGGGUGUGAGCUACCUUCCUGUCAAUCAGAACUGGGGGCGAUACCUGGAGGAUUCCCAGGACAUUUAUGAAGAGCUCCAGAGAGAGAUGAAAAAAUCUCUCAUGAUUCUAGCUGAUGAUGCAUGCCAACUUCUGGAGGGUGAGAGAUUCCGAGGUGAUCCUUGGCUUUGGGACCUUGAAUGGGACGUGCAGGAAUUCAAGCUGAAGAAACUUCCAGCCAGCAAAAAGAAACCGUCCCAAAAAGCGGUUGAAUCCCAAACCGCGACUCCUCUUGCAGACUGGAUGGAUGACACAGGUCCACCAACUGAAGACGACACUGUAGCGGGCCCUUGUCCCAGCAGACUAGCUGUGGAUAAAUUGAAGGAAACUGUGAAUCGACUUCCCAAGAGAAAGCAACACCUGCCUGGACAUCCUGGGUGGUAUCGCAAGUUGUGUGAAAAGAUGUUUGCAGACAGCUGGUCGCCGGGAGCGAAUCUCAUUAGUCUUCAGAUGAGGGUGACCCCUAAACUGAUGGGUCUGACGUGGGAUGGAUUUCCCCUGCAUUACACAGAGAAGCAUGGCUGGGGGUAUCUGGUUCCGGGACGCAGGGAUAACCUGGACUCCCCGGAGGGAAACAUCGGGCCAGCACUUUGCCCUCACAAAGAGAUUGAGCGUGUUUACAGAGAGUAUUGUGAUGAGAACUGCAAGGGGGCGCCUGAGUAUAUGGACUGCGCACCAUCAGAGGACCUUAUGUGGACAGACAACGCUGUUUGGGCAAAGGUGGAGGAAUAUGGAACACUGGAGAGACUAACAGAGGAACAUGGAGUCAAAGCAGUUACACAUGGGAAGCCGCAACCUACCCGCAAAUCCCACCCUGUCCCAGAGGAGAGUCAUUGCCACUAUCACCAAGGAAUCGGCCCCUACAGCGAUAUAGACAUUCCUGGGUGUUGGUUUUUCAAAUUACCACAUAAGGACGGGAAUCAAUAUAACGUUGGCAGUCCUUUUUCAAAAGACUUCCUACCUAAGAUGGAGGAUGGUACUCUCAGAGCGGGAAGAGGUGAAACCAAUGCCACACGUGCCUUAGAGAUUAACAAAAUGAUGUCCUUCUGGAGGAACGCUCAUAAACGCAUAAGCUCCCAGAUGGUGAUAUGGCUGCGGAAAGGAGAGCUUCCUCGUUUUGUGAGCAGGCACAAGGAGUUCGAUGAAGAGGGCCAGUAUGGUGCUAUAUUACCUCAAGUGGUCACGGCUGGAACUGUCACACGAAGGGCUGUGGAGCCAACAUGGCUGACUGCCAGUAAUGCACGUCGGGACAGAGUGGGCAGUGAGCUGAAAGCGAUGGUGCAGGCACCACCAGGUUACCACCUGGUUGGGGCCGACGUGGACUCUCAAGAGUUGUGGAUUGCAGCUGUGCUCGGAGAGGCCCACUUUGCUGGCAUGAAUGGUUGUACGGCGUUUGGCUGGAUGACCCUUCAAGGGAAGAAGAGCCAGGCCACUGACCUGCACAGCCGUACAGCCGACGCCGUGGGCAUCAGCAGGGAGCACGCCAAGGUGUUCAACUAUGGCCGCAUCUAUGGCGCAGGACAGCCCUUUGCAGAAAGGCUGCUGAUGCAGUUCAACCAUCGCCUUAGCCAGAUAGACGCUGCCAAUAAGGCCAGGCAGAUGUAUGCUUUAACAAAGGGGUUACGCAGAUAUGAACUAUCAGACGAAGGUGAGUGGCUGGUCACUGAGCUGGGAAUUGAGGUGGAAAGGGAGGAUGAUGGAAGUGUAUCCCUCCAGGAGUUGCGCAAGAUCAGUCGACUGGCCUCACAGAGUUCCCGUCGGAGAAAAUGGGAUUUAGUUGGCAAACGAAUAUGGUUUGGGGGGACAGAGUCGGACAUGUUCAACAAACUGGAGAGCAUUGCGCAUUCAGCCCAGCCGGCGACACCUGUACUGGGCUGCAGGAUUAGCAGAGCUCUGGAGCCCAAGGCAGUCAAGGAUGAGUUCAUCACCAGCAGGGUGAACUGGGUGGUCCAGAGCUCGGCAGUGGAUUACCUUCAUCUGAUGCUCGUGGCGAUGAGGUGGCUCUUCGAGGAGCACGACAUCGACGGCCGCUUCUGCAUCAGCAUCCACGACGAGGUGCGCUACCUCGUCCGCACCGAAGACCGAUACCGAGCAGCGCUCGCAUUGCAGAUCACCAACCUUCUUGCCAGGAGUAUGUUUGCACAUGCAUUAGGCAUGCGGGACCUUCCACAGUCCGUCGCUUUCUUCAGUGCGGUUGACAUCGACACGUGUCUGAGGAAAGAGGUCACAAUGGACUGCGUCACCCCCUCCAACCCAAUGGGUGUGGAACAAAAAUACGGCCUUCCUCCUGGUGAAGCCUUGGACAUCUACCAAAUAAUGGACAUCACCAAAGGCUCCAUCAGUAAAGGAAGACAAAAUCUUAUGGACCAGGCCAAGGACACUCGUAACAUGUGAACCCAAAAUGGAGAACUGCCUGGAAGCUCAUCAACAUGCAAGCAGGAG